AUGUCCCUUGCUAAAGUGGACCAAUUGUAUGGAGAUGUAUUCAGAAUUAACUAUACAUUUAAAUAUGCCGGAGAGAGAUGUACUCCGAAAGGGAAAAUGACAACCAUAGCGGAGACAAAAUAUUUGAUUGGAAUUGACAUCUUUAUAGGACCAGUGUGUGGAACCGAUCUCGAAAUCGCUGCUAGUAUGGCGUCUUCGUGGAAUAUUCCUAUCAUAUCUACUUCCGGUUCCAGUGACUUAGUAACAAAUAAAACAGAGUUCUCUACCCUUACGAACAUGGCUUUUACAAUGGAGAAAUUUGCUUUAUUUUAUGUUCGUAUAUUUAACUUUUAUCAUUGGAAAAAUAUUGUAUUAAUUUACGAAGAAAAGCAUCCUUUACUUAGUUUGCUAGCUAAAAGUCUCUAUGAUGUUUUCAUAAGGAUGAAUACAACAACGACAAUGCUACCGUUUAAGGAAAGAAACUUUGAACCUUUGUUGGAAGCAGGACGCAAACACUCUAGAGUAUUUGCAACAAUAUCCACAGACGACGAUUUUCGGAAGCUUAUUUUAGCUGCACAGUCGUUGGGAAUGACAAAUGGGGAGUAUGUACAUUUGUUCAUUCGAUUUUAUGAAGUCGAGCACACAGGACUUCACAGUUGGGAAAGAAAGGAUGAAUUUGAUGAGGUAGCUAGAUCUGCUUAUGACUCAGUCCUUGUUCUGCAACCGAGCAGACCCGAAAGUAAACUAUUCACUCAAUUUGUGAAAGAUGUUAAAGAAAAGGCAGUCAACGAGUACAAUUAUACAAUGCACAACGAAGAGGUAAAUAUUUUCACAACGGCCUUUUACGACUCAAUUUCGGUGUAUGCUCAAAUCAUUAAUGAAACAAUAACCGACGGAGAAGAUAUCAGAGAUGGUCUAAAUAUCAGUAGAAGAAUGAAAAAUCGAGUUUUUCAUGGUAUCAGUGGUAAAAUAUCCAUUGAUGACAACGGUGAUAGAGAACCAGAUUUUCAGCUUUUAGACAUGGACAUGGCUACAAGUGAUUUUGUUAUUGUUGCAGAAUAUUUUGGCUCCAUCGGAACUAUGGUAUUUAGGAAUGAUACUUCAAUACAUUGGCCGUCAGAUCGAGGACCACCAAAGAACAUACCAGAUUGUGGAUUCAAGGGAGAUAAUCCACACUGUAAAAUGAAAGAAUUGAACUCUACUGGACUAAUAGCUGGCUUGUUUGUUGCUAUACUUCUUAUAAUAGUUAUAGCAGGACUUAUAAUGAACAGGUUAAGUAUUAUCAAAAAGUUAUAUGUAAAGAGCACUGAUGAGUUACGUUCCUUGCAAAAUGAGAUAAUAAGCACCACAACUGACUUCACAUCACAUAAUAAGAAACCAGCUAUAUAUAAGGGUACUUUAGUUGCAGUUAUGAAGACUAAUUGUCUCAAAAUGGUUGUAAACAGAAAAUUCCUGAUAGAAUUAAAAAAUAUGAAAGACCUACAAUGUAAUAAUUUGGUUAAAUUCUUCGGAUUAUAUAUGACUCUUAGAGGUGUAUUCCUAGUAAUGGAAGAUUGUUCUAGAGGAAGUUUACAGGAUAUCUUACAGAAUGACUCAUUAAAUCUUGAUUGGGAUUUCAAAGCAGCUUUAGUGACUGACCUAGCCAAUGGGAUGUCUUACCUUCACGCUUCACCAAUUUUAAUUCAUGGUCGACUGAACAGCGAUAGAUGUAUAAUCGACAGUCGGUUUGUCCUGAAAAUAUCCGAGUUUGGAUUACCUUCUAUUUUGGGAAGCAAUCAUCUCGAAUGUGUGGAAAAUGAAAAAGAAUGUAUAUGGUUUGCCCCAGAAUGUUUAAGAGGAGACAAAGUCUCCCAAUCGUCAGAUGUGUACAGCUUUGCAAUGAUAAUGUUUGAGAUUCUGACAAGAAUGUCUCCAUUUGAAGAGGAAACAGAGAAGGCAUCAAUCCACGAUGUUAUUCGAAAAGUAAAGACAAAGGGAGAUAACCCGUUUAGACCAUCUCUACCAGCAAUGUCAGAUGACGUACCUAAGAUGAUUGAUUUGAUGCAGGCCUGUUGGGAUGAAAGUUUAUUCAAGCGACCAACGUUUCGUUCUAUCAAGAAACAGCUGAAAGAAAUUACCGGAAUAUCAGCUAGUCACAACAUCUUAGAUGCAUUAUUAAGACGGAUGGAACAAUAUGCUAACAAUCUUGAAGAAUUAGUAGGACAGAGGACUGAAGCUUUUCUUGAAGAAAAAAAGAAAUCUGAUCAAUUGCUUGAACAAUUAUUACCAAAAACAGUUGCUGACAAACUGAAGAACAACCAGAUAGUAGAGCCAGAAGCUUAUGAUAGUGUUACAAUCUACUUUAGUGAUAUUGUAGGAUUCACAUCUAUAUCGGCAGAGAGUUCGCCAAUGGAGGUUGUGGACCUGUUGAAUGAUUUGUAUUGUGUUUUUGAUGCUAUCAUCGAACGAUACGACGUUUACAAGGUUGAAACUAUUGGUGAUGCCUACAUGGUAGUAUCUGGGCUUCCUACACGGAAUGGUGAUGACCACGUUCGUCAGAUAGCCAUGAUGUCACUAGAAAUUGUUCAGAAUGUUGGAAUAUUUAAAAUUAGACAUCUCCCUGGAAAACACCUGCAAGCUAGAAUAGGAAUUCAUUCAGGACCAGUAUGUGCCGGUGUUGUUGGAACCAAAAUGCCGAGAUUCUGUUUAUUUGGAGAUACUGUGAACACUGCAUCCAGAAUGGAAUCACAUGGAGAAGCCAUGAAGAUACAUGUCAGUCCUGAUACAAAGAGUCUGUUAGAUAAACAUGGAGGCUUCAUUUUGGAGCCGCGGGGAAAUAUCGAAAUAAAGGGUAAAGGAUUGAUGAAAACACAUUGGUUGAUCAAGGAGAUAAAAACAAGUCGUGUCAUAUCAAAUCAUCAUCUAACAGAAUACGAUCCAAAGAUCAUAAUCACUGAUGAUGAAAGUCUGGAAAUGCAGCCACAAUUUCUUAACCCUGUAACAACCUUAAAAACAUUAGAAGAAGAUCAAAGAUCAAUUUUCAACGGAAUCAUAUAAGCAAAUGACAUCCAUUGAUUUAAACUUUUAUUCUAAAAUCUGUCUGAAUUUACUAAUAACAAGAUAUGUU